UUCUCACCAAGCUCAUCGGACACCUUCCGUUCGGACACGGUUUCGAGAUGGCUGAACUGCUAAACCGUUCCCGCAGCUUGGCAGAGGGAGUGGUGGUUAUGAUAUGCCCGGUGCUUCUCGCACUGGCUCUCAACUUAGUUGACCUCAAUGGCGAGGUGUACGGACAUGGUGUCCCUAUACCGUUGAUCACCAUGGCAGGCUUUACUUUGAUAACUGGCAUCUGUCCCUUGCUCGCAUGCUGCUUCUUUGAGCGAUUCUUCGGCCUGGGCGUAAGUCCUAUCCCCGUGACCACGAGUUUGGCAACCCUUUCGUCUUGUUGCCUCGUCGUCCUCGCCUGCUUGAUUGCACAGUUCAUUGUCUCCAAAUCCAUUUUUGUCACUGUUGGAGUCAUCUGUGGAAUCUUGGUCUUGGUUCGGACCGUCUGCUACUACGUGCACGACACACGGAAUGACGAUGGUCGGGAAUACACAACGGACAUGCACAGUGUACUGGAUGAAUCACAUGAGUUCUUGACCAGUGUCACUGGAAUUCUUUUUCUGGGGUUCGAAGGUCUGGCCCUCAAUGGUCACGGUCAGACGGGUCGCAAGGGCGAGGAAUUAGUGGGCUACAUCAGUUUCAUCGUCUGCACUUUUGGAGUGUGCUUAAUGUUCCUCGAGAUGACCCCACCUCCAUGUUUUGCGGUACAUAGGCAUGGUAGCCAAGAGGAAAGAAGUGAGGGAGAGCAACAAAUUGUGUGUUUGACUCUCGUCCUAGAUUGCAUCAUGGCGGUUGGUAUCUUUGUACUAUUGUUGGUCGUCAUGCUUAAGCUCACACCGCUUGAGUUUGCCUUGUGGGUCUUGCUGCCUCCGGCUGUAAGCUUCGGUCAACUUCCGGUCCUGGUUGCAUUGAAGGGAAACACACAAGAUGAACAAGAAUCAAGGCCGGCGUCGCUGGAACUGACAAAGGCCACAUUCACUGGAUUCUUGGCCGUGUCGGUAACAGCCAUAAGCAAUGCUUCACCCAGCAAGUUGACCAGAUUUUUUCUACUAUUAUCUUCCAUGGCUAUUGGGUUUGGUCUCUCAUGGAGGCUCCUAUCUCAGAUUAACAUAAAGAGUGGUCUCGCCAGUUGUGUUUCAUCUGCACAUGUUGCUUCCGCUGCCAAGCUUGCUUCCUUCUGCGCUCAUUUAUGCAUUGUAAUCGCUACAGUUCUAUUCGUAGUAAUGGCUGGUAAAGCAAGUGGGAAAUGAUCAUAUCUGUAAAGUAGUUGUGAUUAUAUUACUGCAUAAGUAGGUUAUCUUUGCACAACUUUUUGCACCUGCACAAGUAUAUAUGUUGAGAGAAGUGUAUAAUAGGUCCUGAACUAUUGACAAAGUGCCAAGUAUGUCCUGAAACUAUGAAAAUGAUCAAUCCAGAUUCUAGAAGUACAUUAAGUGAGUGAACACAAGUCUUAACAAGGCCAAUGAGGCCCUGGUGCCAACAACUCCCGCCAAAGACAUAAAAAAUUAUGGAAAAACGCUCCUACCAUGCAACGAAGAUGGGUGAGGUUGGUUGGGCUUUAGUUUCUCGUGGUACAAUUUACAAAAUAUUUGUGGUUUAUAGAUAGACGGCAUGGCAAUUAUACGAGGUGAUAUGGAGUCAACGGCCAUAUGUAAU